UGCGGGCGGCCCGCCCACCGCGUCUCUCUCCGCAGUGUUCGAGCAGUACCAGAAAGCCCGAACCCAGUUCGUGCAGAUGGUGGCAGAGCUGGCGACCAGACCCCAAAACAUCGAGACCCUGCAGAACGCAGGUGUAAUGUCUUUGCUGAGGCCUCUCCUUCUGGAUGUGGUCCCAACUAUUCAACAGACUGCUGCUUUGGCUCUUGGGAGGCUGGCUAAUUAUAAUGAUGACCUGGCAGAAGCAGUUGUCAAGGGCGACAUUCUUCCACAGCUUGUUUAUUCAUUGGCAGAACAGAAUCGUUUCUACAAGAAAGCAGCUGCCUUUGUGUUACGGGCAGUUGCUAAACAUUCCCCUCAACUAGCUCAGGCCAUAGUUGAUUGUGGAGCGCUGGACACGCUGGUGAUAUGCUUGGAGGAUUUUGACCCUGGAGUCAAAGAGGCUGCAGCCUGGGCACUUGGAUAUAUUGCAAGACAUAAUGCAGAACUGUCACAAGCUGUGGUGGAUGCGGGAGCAGUUCCUCUUUUAGUAUUCUGUAUCCAGGAGCCAGAAAUUGCUUUGAAAAGGAUUGCUGCUUCGGACCUCAGCGAUAUUUCAAAGCAUUCUCCAGAGUUAGCACAGACGGUAGUGGAUGCAGGAGCUAUUGCUCACUUAGCCCAGAUGAUUCUGAACCCUGAUGCUAAAUUGAAGCGUCAGGUCCUUUCAGCUCUCAGUCAGAUCGCAAAACAUUCUGUGGAUCUGGCAGAAAUGGUGGUUGAAGCAGAGAUUUUUCCAGUGGUACUUACCUGCCUGAAGGACAAAGAUGAAUACGUGAAGAAAAAUGCUUCUACUUUAAUUAGAGAGAUUGCAAAGCAUACACCUGAGCUUUCCCAGUUGAUAGUUAACGCAGGAGGCGUUGCCGCCGUGAUUGACUGCAUUGGGUCCUGCAAAGGGAACAUAAGGCUGCCUGGCAUCAUGAUGCUGGGCUAUGUGGCGGCUCAUUCGGAGAACCUGGCAAUGGCGGUGAUCAUUAGCAAG